CCUGUCUAUCUGUCUCUCCCCUCGUUUCUCAAAAAAAAAAACUCUCUUCCGCGGCUUGGGAAGAUGGCGCACUGUCGCAGCCCGAAUCCCGUAGCGCCGGCGCUGCUCAAUCCUGCUUCGUAGCGCCGGUCGCCCAGCCGAAGAUCCCGAGACCUCCAAGAUUCCCCGGAAACUUUGCUCCAAUUCCAGAUCUCAGCCCGCAAAACGCAGCCGAGAUGUCUGAUCUCUCAGAGCCCCCAAAAGAAGGUUCUUCUGCCGAUGGUUCGAGCGCUCUCCAGAAAACUGGGGUCUGGAGUAGCAUAUUGAGCACUCUUCUCCAGCAAGCUUCAGUCUAUGGCUUGGCUAUUGGUUAUUGCCUGUCAGCAUCUUUGCUCUCCAUUAUCAACAAAUGGGCAAUCAUGAAAUUCCCUUACCCUGGGGCUUUGACAGCUCUUCAGUACUUGACUAGUGUUGCUGGAGUUCUCCUGUGUGGACAAGCAAAGCUUAUCGAGCAUGAUGGCCUGAAUUGGCGGACCAUGUGGAAGUUCUUACCUGCUGCUGUGAUGUUCUACAUCUCCAUCUUCACAAAUAGUGAACUCUUGCUGCAUGCCAAUGUGGAUACUUUCAUCGUGUUCCGUUCCGCCGUGCCGAUAUUUGUGGCCAUUGGAGAGACGUUGUACCUUCACCAACCAUGGCCAUCACUGAAGACAUGGCUUUCACUAUCCACCAUACUUGGCGGAAGUGUGAUUUAUGUUUUCACAGACAACCAGUUCACUGUGGCUGCUUAUAGCUGGGCAGUGGCGUACUUAGUGAGUAUGUCCAUCGAUUUUGUGUACAUCAAGCAUGUCGUCAUGACCAUUGGCCUGAAUACAUGGGGCCUGGUGCUUUACAACAAUCUUGAGGCUUUGAUGUUGUUUCCCAUUGAGCUACUUCUAAUGGGAGAGUUCAGGCAGAUGAAGGUUGACAGCUCUAAAAUGACAAACUGGCUUUCAUUUGAGGUGAUUCUUCCGGUUGCUCUGUCGUGUCUGUUUGGGCUAUCAAUAUCCUUCUUCGGGUUCUCGUGCAGGAGGGCCAUCUCAGCUACUGGAUUUACGGUCCUUGGUAUAGUAAACAAGCUACUGACUGUCGUGGUUAAUCUGCUUAUCUGGGACAAGCAUGCCUCCCUCGUGGGAACAAUUGGGCUGUUGAUAUGCAUGUCUGGUGGCGUUCUCUACCAGCAAUCCACAACAAAAUCUAAGGCACCCAGUGUUGAGCCGAAGGAAGAGAAUGAUGAGGAGGAACAGAAGUUGCUUGAGAUGCAGCAAGGGCAUGAAAGCAGUCCAAGUCAAGAGCAUGCCUCAUAAGCCUCAUUACUAAGUUUUUUUUGUUGGUGCGGCAACAGCUCUCCUUGAUUGUUGGAAAGAAAUGUUCGGCAAGAAGGUGUAGUUGAGAUUAGAAGUGAAAUGCUAGACACUAGAAAUUGCAGAGGAAGCUGAAUACCUUUGCUGUAGGGUAGCAGACCCUGAAGCAUGCUAGUACUGUUGAAUGCACAUCACAUACUGAAGCAAUUAUGCUAUUUACAUUGUGGUAUUACUAAUACAAUUCCGAAAAUUGCACGGGAGCUUUCUUAAAACUGUUGCAGUCAUGUAAAAUCAUUGUGGUAGAAUUUAUUUGCACCA